UCUCGUACCUGCAGAAGUCGGGUCUCCACUCAUCACUUGAGAAGUGAAGACUGAGGAGUAAAGACGAUGAUGAGCCGACUGUUCUCCUGCGGAGUCCUGCUGCUGCUGGCCCUGGCGGCCACAGGAAGCGACGCGCAGCAGGAUGCUUGUGGCAUCGCUCCUCUCAACACAAAGACCAGCACCAGGAUCGUGGGGGGGGAGGACGCCCCCGCGGGCUCGUGGCCCUGGCAGGUCAGCCUGCACAGACGCUCCCAUUUCUGCGGCGGCUCCCUGAUCAACGACCGCUGGGUCCUCACCGCCGCCCACUGCUUCCCCAGCACCAGCACCUCGGGUCUGAUCGUUUACCUCGGACGUGACGCCCAGCAGAGUGUGAACUUCAACGAGGUGUCCCGCUCGGUGGACCUGGUCAUCACACACUCGGGCUACGACGCGAACACGCUGGAUAACGACAUCGCUCUGCUGCGGCUGUCCUCGGCCGUGACCUUCACCGACCACAUCAAGCCCGUGUGUCUGGCAGCCGAGGGCAGCGUCUUCACGGCGGGGGAGCUCAGCUGGGUCACCGGCUGGGGAACCAUUGAGAGCGACGUUUCUCUUCCUUUCCCUCAGCGGCUGCAGGAGGUCAACGUCCCCGUCGUAUCCAGCCCUCAGUGCAACUCCGUGUACGGUUUAAUCACGGAUAACAUGAUCUGCGCUGGUCUCGACGAGGGAGGGAAGGACUCCUGCCAGGGAGACUCCGGCGGGCCGAUGGUGAAUAAGAACUCCACCCGCUGGGUCCAGUCGGGGGUGGUGAGUUUUGGCCGCGGCUGCGCGGAUCCCGGUAUCCCCGGAGUUUACGCCCGGGUGUCGCAGUACCAGUCCUGGAUCAGCAGCCGGGUCAGCGGAGAGCAGCCGGGGUUCAUCACCUUCGGGGGCGACUUCAGCACGGGUGCUGCAGGUUCCAGCGUGGUGGGGAAGGUUCACUUCAUCUCCCUGUCCGUCCUGCCCAUCCUGCUCUCGCUCUUCGUCCUCUCAUGAAAGGGUUCAAGACGCCAAUGUUUCCUUACUGUUUACUAGAUGUGUGUCGUUUUAUUUAAUUAAUCACCAUAUUGAUACCUCAUCAGCUGCUGAGAAGCCUUGAUUUGAUUUGAUUUAUUUUAUUUUAAUUUUGUUCAUGUAAAAAACACUUCAAGAGAAGUUUAAGAAAACAAAACAAAGAAUUUCAUCCUUGAGCACUUGAUAACUUAAUUUACAUGUGCAAAAAAGGAGUAGGAAGAAGUGUAAACUUAUUUAAUCCUACCCCCAUUCACUGAUCAUUUAACCUGUAAUUAUAAAUACUCACACACUGUACUCACACUGAUAAAUAACAGUAUUAUUAUUAAUAUUAUAUAUUGUAAUUAUACUCACACACAUACCUAUACAUACAUACACAUAGUUGAAUAUUUAUAUAUAUUUGUACACACAUGCCCAUAUAAAUAUUUAUAUAAAUAUACUUAUUUACAUUAUACUGUCUCUAUUAACUACAUGUGCUCUAUAUAUAUGUAUAUAUAAUCACACACACACACACACACAUAUAUAUAUAUAUAUAUAUCAUUUAUAUAUAUAUAUAUAUAUAUAUAUAUAUAUAUAUAUAUAUAUAUAUAUACAUAUAUAUACGCUACUUGGGUGUUUCUGGACUUUUAUUUUAUUGCUCGAUGACUAGAUAAUAAUACUGUGGAUGAACAAAGCUUGGAAUAAUAAAUGAACAGUAUUCUAUCAGAACUCUUUUCUAUUAUCCAUUUGAUAAAAUGUAGAAUUUUGUUGAAAAUAAUCAUUCAUUUAUCUUCAUUAAUCAGUCUUUCACCAGAUUGUUACUGCGGCUGCUGCGAGGCGCAUAAAAUGAACAAAAAGACAGUAACUUGAAAUGAACAUCAUUUAAAUGCCAUUUAAUAGUAGAGUAAUUAAACUCUACUCUAAUCGUUUUAAUCCUCACUGAUCAUUUUGACACUCUUAGACCUCAAUGACACAUACUUAUCUAAACUUAUUUGCCAGGAAACAAUUUCAGUAAAUGGCUAAUAUGUGACUUUUAAGCAAUUUGACAUUAAAAAAAAGAAAAGUAAUGAAGAAUGAGUUUCUGUUUCUUGUUAUCGAACAGAAAUGCUGGAUUUUUGCACUGAAGUGAGUGUGUGAGUGUGUGAGUGUGUGAGUGCGUGAGUGCGUGAGUGUGAGUGUGUGAGUGUGUGAGUGUGUGAGUGUGUGAGUGUGUGAGUGCGUGAGUGCGUGAGUGCGUGAGUGUGAGUGUGUGAGUGUGUGAGUGUGUGAGUGUGUGUGUGUGUGAGUGUGUGAGUGUGUGAGUGUGUGAGUGUGUGAGUGUGUGAGUGUGUGAGUGUGUGAGUGUGUGAUGCAGCAGGAAACCUUUCUGUUUUUGGACGACUGUCUUUUUAAUCUGCUUUGUUUCAUCUCUUUAACCUUCCCGUUUGAAGCCCCAGCUGUGAUUUACUGUGAAAGCACAAUGACAUGAAGAAAUUAAAUACAUUAUAAAUGAUAUUUAUACUUUCAGAGGUCGUCAGAUAGACACCUCUUACUGAACUCUUGUUUUUUUCAUGUUUCUGUUUUAUUUGGUAUCUUUGCACUAUAGUAAACACCAACAAAAAGCCAGAUAUGAAGUAUUUGUCUGGUGUCUUGUUAGAAUGAAGGUAAAUAAAACAUAUUUUCUUAACAUUU